AAUAAUUCUCUUAAUUUUAGUAAUCAUUUUAAAGUAAGUGAUUUCUAUAUUUUAUUUACAAAUAUUAAUUGCUCUGUCAAGUAAAUUAAGCAAAGUCAUAUUGGAAUCAUAUAUUAUUUGUUAUGAUUAACUAUUAUGGCAGUUUCCGACGUAUCCGAUAAAUGCUUGGAAUAUGAAACACAUUUUCGUACAAUAAUUCAUUUAGAUAUGGAUUGCUAUUAUGCGCAAGUGGAGAUGAUUAAAAAUCCGCUUCUUAGAACUGUUCCAUUGGGCGUGCAGCAAAAAAAUAUUGUUGUAACUAGUAAUUACAUUGCACGAGAGUAUGGUGUAACAAAAUGUAUGCCAGUGGUUGACGCUAAAAAAUUAUGUCCAAAUCUAACAUUAGUAUGCGGAGAAGAUUUGCAAGAUUAUCGUAAGAUGUCUAAUAAGGUUACAGCAAUUUUACAAAAAUUUACUAGUCAAGUCGAAAGGUUGGGUUUAGAUGAGAACUUUCUUGAUGUUACUGAACUUGUCAAUGAACGAAUCCAAAAAAGUAGCGAAUCUGAUUUCAUAGAAGGUUUUAUUUAUUCCGGUAGUGGAGAAUUGGAGAAAUGCAUUUGUGGAUGUCAUAAUCGUCUUAGAGUUGGUGCAUUUCUAGCCAAUGAAAUUAGAAAUUCAAUAAAAAAAGAGCUUGGACUUACGUGUUGUGCUGGUAUAUCUCAUAAUAAGUUACUGUCAAAAUUAGUUGGAUCAAAAAACAAACCUAAUAUGCAAACAGUUUUAAGUCCGUGCAGUGUAGGGGAUUUAUUGUCUUCAUUAGAUAGUUUGCAAUCGAUUCCAGGAAUUGGUGUACGUACUGCUGAAAUUUUGAGAGAAAAUUCAAAAAGAUUAAAAGCCUUAUGUUUUGGUAAAGACGAUUCACCCGUUGCUGUAACUAGAAAACCUCAUUCAAUUGGUUUGGAAGAUAGCUGUGAGGCACUCAGUGUGAAAAGUCAAGUGGAAGAAAAAUUACAUGUACUUUUGAAACGAUUAUUAGAACUUCAAAAUGAAGAUGGUAGAAUGCCUCUUGCUAUAAAAUUAAUAUUAAGGAAAAAAGACAAUAAAAAUAACUUCAUUAGAGAAACCAAACAAUGCAGUUUGCCAUCAUCAUUAUUUGCGCAGUCUGAAAAUAAUCUAAGCACGAGGCCAGGAGGCUAUGAAAAAAUCUUAUUUUCAGUUAUGCGACUGUUUAACCGCCUUGUAGAUAUUACCAAACCUUUUCAUAUAACUCUUGUUGGUCUUGCCUUCAUAAAGUUUCAAGAACGAAAAACUGGUCACUAUUCUAUAGCUUCAUAUCUAAUGAAAAAUAUAUCAGUCCAAUCAAUAACCAGUUUUAAGAAUGUACUAGGAGAAUCACCACCAUCACCUAUGGAUCUUUCUAAAAAUGAAACUGAUAUUAGUACUGAUAAUUCUGAUACAGAUACAGAGCCAUCCCCAAAAAAAGCGAAGGUUGGCCUUCUUAUGGCAAAACGAAGUUGUAUUCAUUUUGGUGAAGUAUCCUCUCCGUCUAAAUUAAAUGUGUCAAGGCUUAGAUUGAAUUCCAUAGAUAAAGAUUCAGCUUCAGAACACUGUACGGAAAUCGCACUGGAAUCUUGCUCUAACGAUAUUAGAAACAUCUCUUGUUGGAAGAAAUCUAUUGUAUCUAAACGAAAUAAUAGCAUAGGUGCAAUCAUAAUUACAAAUAAAUAAACACUUUUUUUCUAUGAAUCAAUUAAAAUAUGAUUUUUAUUCAAUAUUAUGUUGAUUUUCAUAACAUAUGGUUUUGGUCAUUGGAAAUA